AUGGACAAGUUGAUUUUUGACCACUUGGCACUGCCCGAGCGCCUUCCCCAUUCCGAGAAUGCCAAUCUCGACGACAUCGAGGCUAGGUUGAUUGACCGUCUCCUCGCCGGUACCCGUCGAAUGCAGAAUGGUCCUGCAGAAGAAUCCAACCUGCGGGACAAAGCUUCCCAUGCCUGGGAGUGUAUACGCCUGUGUUUGUUGGCGUCCAAAAGUGCAAACCGACGCGGGAGCGUGAACAAAAGAGAGCUUCUCUCAGUAUUUGCGUCCAUGACUGCGCCCGAUGCUUUGCUUCUGUACAUUCGAAGUCAAAAUGCCGCGCUUCUCGUGCAUCGUGGGCUUGAGUCGCCUGGCAAUGUCGUAUUUGAAGUCUUCGAAGCCUCGCCGAGAAGCGCGGACGUCUUAGCGGCGAACAACGCCCUCCAGUGGGACUUUCCUGGGAGUGCUAUCGCCAUUCCACUUGCCACGUUCAAUGACGAGGGCUUUCAAGCUAGCCUCGCUAGCUUUCUGGAGCAUGCUUCCCUCGAAAGUACGAAGGAUUUCGCAGCCCAUACUUCCAAAGCCGGUGUCGACAUCGCCGAAUGCCGUGACACGACAAGCCCCGCGGUUAUCAGCUCAAUGUUGAUGGCAGUCUUGGAAGAAAACGGCCAAAGAAUACCCACCUCUUUGCUGCGGAAGCGUGUGCGCGACGAUGUCUGUUGGUCGAAUGCCGGCAAACCCUGGCGUCGAUCGCCCUACUGGCUUGUCCUGAGAGUUGCUGUUGCGCGUUAUCUCUUGCUCACACUUGGGCCGGAGCUUGGUCGAUUUGAAUACAAGUUCUUCCUGUGUGUCUGCCUCGCGACAUUCCUGGACUCGGCCCAGCAGUCGCUCGCUGUGGACCAGGUGCACUUCCUGAAGGCAAAGCUGUGCCGCCGGCUCGUCAAGCUAGACAUCGCCAAGGGUGCAGUCAAAGACCAACAUGUUAAGCAACAUGUCGACAUUCUCUUUGCACGCUUCACACCAACCAUCGACGCCAUUCUUCAAAAGGCUGCCGCCCGGGUGCAGUCCGAGUGGGAGCAGUGCAAACAGACACUGGAUAGGACCAUCCCCGCCCUGCCAAAAAGAGCCUCGCCGUUAGAUACGGAGCUUCGCUUGUCGGUCAGCGGCCCAAUUCUACGCCGAAUUCAAGCCGAGUCAAGCAAAAUGAUGGCAGGCCGGCGGUCAAUAUGGGUUCCUCCACCCAAUUUUGACCUUUCGGCCGUGGCUCAUAAACACUUUGCUGAGUUUGCGAGACCCUUUCUCAGGGCCGCUGAGCAAGAGGACCAACUAAUGAGUAUUCUAAUUCUCAAUGCCAUGAAUAUCUGGAUGUGGCUUGACAAGGCCGCGUGUCAUGAGUUCCCUCUGCUUCAACAGUACCAUCCUGUCUUCACUCCUGAGAUCAUGGACGGUCUUCACCUGGCUUCUUAUCAGGACUUGAUUCGCCUGCAAAACAUUCAAAAUUACCUGAAUGACCGAAUUAAGGAGUGCCGUGGCACUAGAACAACAAUAUUCGAUAACCCCACCCAAGGCUGCUUUGCGGAGAGGUAUUACGAUGAAGCCAGUCAAGCCACGGCAAAUGCUGAAAUGCGUCUGCUGCGUGAGACCAUCGAAGAGACUGCCAGGAAGGAAAAGGUCAAGAAAUACGAGGAAUGGCGGCAGAAGAAGGCUCUAUACGAACGCCUGAGAAGCCAAGUCGACGGAAGCGCCUGCAUUCUCACCGUUGACGAGAAUCAACCCCUGGCAAAGGGAACGCAUAUCGCAGAGGGUUGUCCCCGAUGCCAGGCGGAACGGAGGUUGCAUUCCCUGCAUAUUAAGAUUCAUGAGCAUCCCCUACCAUCGGAAGAAUUCAUGGCGAAGGUCGUAUUAUCUGAGCUGGUUUGCCCGCCAACAUUUGCCACUUAUCGCGAUGCGACUUGGGUGCUAUUAUCGCGGCUUGCCUCUCCCGCUUUGGGCGAGCAUCACCAGCCUAGGUGCCUCCUGCGUGAAUAUUCCGAGCUCUCCGCAUUCUCCAAAAGCAGGUCGAGCAUCACACUCGCAUCCCGCACAAAGUCGUUCCUGCAAACUCACUACAGAUUCAUACCGUUUCCGCUCGCGUACUUCGACGUGAACACGAAGACUUGGACCAGCGUCAGGCCGCAAUUCAUUCACCAUCUCCAAUUUCACCCGCCGUUUCAGUCCGUCCUGAACUAUAACGCAGAAUGUCGGGGUCCAUCAUCGUACGAAACCAUGGCCACCCAACCUAGCUGUCCAUCGGCUUUGAACCCCCACGAGUUCCUCGCCUUCAAGACCCUGUUGUCGGGAUUAGCGACUCGCUGGAUCUCUAUCUUAGUAGAAUUGGGGUCUACUAACAUGAACUGGUCCAGCGAAUCAAGUAUGCUCCUCUUCAAUCACCUAGCUCUGCAAUGUGGCCCGGCAUCGGCGCAAAACGACCCCCUUCGCCUGAUCCACUCAGUUUUCCGCGACGCCCAGUUUGUACAGCAGCUACUCAACCAGGUGGAUGCCCGACUCUCAGUCCUUGCUGCCCUGGCGAGCUGGAGGGAAUCACACCUCAUGGGUAUCUUGAUCACUUUGGCACUGCGCGUUUUUGACCUUGCUGAUGCGGCAGGCCUGGGAAGCGAAAUUCGUGCGCAAGCACUCGCUUCAGUAGUCAAAGCUCGACAUAUCUGCGUCGACUGGUUCAGAAUUCUUCAAGAGGAGAUUCAAGCAACAUCGGACGGUUGCACAGCUCACCGGUUACAGCAACGCGCCCUGGCCGCGGCUUUGCUCUGUCGGCGCACCUUUGUCGUCUACCAGGGGCAAACGGCGGCCCUGGAUCCUUCAACACUUGGCAUCUAUGUAGAGUCGGCAAUCGUCAUCCACGAGAGCAUGGGAACCAAUAUUGAGGCUCUUCCACGGAUGGUGCUGGAGGAUUUGAUAUCGGCUAUCAAGCUUUCGGCCCGUUUACAGACUCUGGCUUUCUUGUCUGUCCAGGAGUCUCCGGAAGGGUUUCAUGAUGCACUGAAGCGGUUCUGGCCUGGUGCAGACAGGAGUAGAACGGCGAGUUCGAAAAUUGCUGUUGAACAGGGCUCUUGGGUGCGCUACGACAUUCCGGAGACGGAGAUGGAAAACCACCAGGUGGUACACUUUGAUCUGAUUCUUGGCACCCUUCUCGUGAAUGGAAAGCCAGUCGGGAAACUCCCACAAGAUGCACAACACGCGUUAGUGAUCCGACAGCUAUUCGGGAAUCGGCCGCUCAGGGUUUUCCAGUCGUCUCUUCCGGGGAUGACGUAUACUCUCACAUGUCGACCGAGCAACUUUACUGUACAUGUCGGGUAUGAAGGCCACAAUAUAAUUGUGGUAGCUAAGACAUCAGGAAUCCAGAUGCGCUGGGUUCCCCGGGUGUGGUUUUACACUGGAAACAGAUGGGAUAUUCCAAAGCCCUUGAUUGAGGGGCAUAUCCACUGGCUCAAUUUGGACACUGGGGAUGUCUAUAUCACGCCCAUUGCCAACCCUUGGGUUAUUCAAGGGCCGAUGACGUGGACACUAAACAUUCACAAGGGAUCCUGUUGGCGAAAGCGGCCCGACGGCAACUUUGAUCAUCUUGUCGACCCUAUGCGCCCUGUAUCUCGAAACAUUGAAAAGGCCUUGGAGGGUCUCGCGCCGAGGAAUCAGCUUCUAAUCAUGCAGCCCCAGAGACCGAGAGCAGCCAUGGAAGUUCACAUUCUUCCCCUUCAGCUCAUGUUCUUUGUGAGAAACAAAACCCUUUUUUCACCACAACUCAAGCUUGAAAUCGAUCCGAACCAAGAUGCCGGGACCUGGUACGGCCUAAUGCAAAAGCUAGUCUGCCAAAACCCCAAUGACCCGCUCCGUCGGACGGUGCUAGUUCCUUUAGGUCGCCUAGAAGUCAAAAGAUGGCGAUGUCAUGUCAUCGUCAACAUUGAAUACAGCGACAGGUACGCCAAGUUUACUAUCAAUGACACGAUUGGCAGGAUCGACUGCCCUGCAGAACCUACGCUCGUGUAUACAAAGGCGCAGUUGCAUGCUUACACCUCUUUCCUGCUUCCGGAUCCCCUGACCGGGAGAACAGGAACGGAGGAGAGCCUACACUUCCUUCGGUCUGGCAUCUGCCAACCUUGGACUUCUCUUGGUAAUGAAGAGCCAAUUCUGCAUUGCAUCGCAAAUCUGACGCCUGUCCGAGAAUACUACCCGUCUGGGUUGAGGAUGAUGAAGACGGACCGCUGGAAUGACCGCCUCACACGCCACAUGCAGCACCCACUUUAUCGACAGGUUGUCGAGGUAAUCCUGAAGCAUUCGAACGAAUUGCAAACCUUCGCAGCCACCACGACUCGUACCGAGAGUGCUUCCAACAGUUAUCCAGCCUUCGGCGAGUCACACCUCACCGCGCGGGCACUGGUGCGCCGUCAACUGUACGAGAGACGAGUUGACAACGAGAUUGAGAAUACUGCAUGUGCGGGCGUGGAUCGAUUAUAUCAAUCCCGGGACCGAUCGUCGCCUUCGGACGAGCUGUACUCGAAAGUCUUGGAAUUCACACAUCUACUGCGGACCAAGCCGGAUUCGUUCCAGACACCAAGAAAUUUAGCUGCCAUUCUCAGCCAAGGGAACAUCAUUGGCGGUUAUGGCUCUGUUUACGACAAGGUGUCUUUGAGCGACCGGAUACACACUGACCUGCGAGAGAACUGGGGCUCGCUUGUGGAAUACUGUCGCAAUGACCGAUCAUGUUUCGACCUCAUGUUUUUAUUCGCAGCUUUGACAUACCGGGAGAACGUGGAUAAUCACCUGCUCAAGGCGCUUGUAGCCUUUGCUGUAUUCCGUGAACUUCGGGUUCUACCCCUCCCGUCCUGGCCUUCAUACUUCAACUUCCGCCCGGGGGCCAAGCCUGAGAUACUGGACAUCGUCAAGUUGAUGCAACCUUUCCGGACACCACCGCCCUGCGUCGACGGAGAGGAAUUUGGCCAAUACAUGAAUGCGAAACAGCGCCGCAAGAUAUGCCAGGCCCGAGAAGCGCAUCAACGGAAGAGCGAGCAGGAUUGUGGCUUGCUAGCUGAGUGUCUCCUCUCGCAAUGGCCAUGCAGCGAGCCCAACAUAUCGGGUCUAUCAAACACGGACCUUCUCAUUGACUCUGACGAAGCGAUGGAGGCAAUCCGUCCGGUAUCGCUAAACUUGUAUCAGAACAAGGAGCUUUCCGAACAUUUAAGCCAAGUCCAGGAGAUCUUGAAUCAACACCACUCAGAUCUGAACUUUGAACUACCAGGGAAGGUCACAAAUCGCGGGCCAUGGCUGCGAACUGGUUCUUCUCGACUAUUUCCAGUGCCCUGCCUGUGCUGUGACCUACUUGGGAGGCGUUUUGACCCGGAUCUCCGACUUUCUCUUGCCUCGGAAUACUUCGUCCCUGAACGGGCCCGGCAUGUCGACCUUCCGCGGGUAAACAACAGGUUCUUGUCGCCCAUGCCCAGCAGUCGUGCCGGCAAUGGGCAGCAGCAAGCGGCACCACAAAAGAGGAGCAGUCAUAUCAAUCAUAUUGAGGAGCUCCAUCAAGUUGUCCGUGACCUCGACAAAAGUAAGUCAUUAGUGCGGAAAAGCUAUGCCCACCACCUGGCACGAAGCCUGGAGGCAUUCGAGAAUCGCAGGACGCCAGACCAGCUCGCCAAGCCCUUGAUCCACCGUCGUGAUCACACUACCUCUUCGCUGGGCGUCACUCGUAUCUUUGAAUCCCUGAGAACUUCGUUGGAGCAGGAAACGCCGGAUAUGUCAGCCAACCAGGUCAAGUGGCUACAAAUAGGGGGCCUGUGGCCCGCAAUCACGAGAGUUACGCUGCUUGAACAACUGCGUUCUACAGCCAACCCGAAAUUUGGGAGUGGCAUGCGUGAAGUAAUCAUCUUACUUGGGUUGACCUUAACCAAGCUUCAGCGUGAGAUGAGGCUAAAUGGGUGUGUGAUUGCCGGCGACAUGUCUCGAUUCCAGGAGGAGGAGGCCAAUGCUGGGCACACCAACUGGAUGCCUGAGCAGUACCCAGAUUGGCUGCUACUGGAAAUUGAAUCCAACCUCCUGAUUCGGCCUGACCAGGUGGACGUGGCCCGCGCGAUCAUGUCGCCGGCAUCCGGUGCAAACUCCGUUUUGCAGAUGAACAUGGGGCAGGGGAAGACAUCGUGUAUCAUCCCGAUGACGGCCCAACUGCUUCAAUCUCGGCUUGGCGGAAUACUCAACCGCUGCGUUGGGCACAUUCCCUUCUCUAGGCGGACCAAUACAAACCAGGAGGCGAUUCCCGGCGUGAUGCUAUGUCUUCCGGAGCACAAUCUCUCCUUCAUGCUAAGCGGGCAGCAGCGUAUCCUGGACGAUCGAAUUGUCGAAGCGAGACAGAUGGUUAAGGUGCACUCAUGGCUGAGGUCUGUCUGUCGCGACAUUCUGGACGAGUCUGACUACACCCUAGCUGCUCGCACUCAGCUCAUUUACCCGUCCGGCAAUCAGAUGUCUGUCGACGGCAGUCCGCACCGAUGGUUGGUAAUUCAAGCUAUCCUGGGCCUUGUGGAUGCGUUCCUGUAUGACCUGUCAAGGUCUUUUCCACGCUCCAUAGAGGUCGUUAGGAGAAAGAGUGGGGGCUUCCCAUUCAUCUACUUCCUCCGCCGAGAUGUGGAGGACGCGUUGCUCCGCCGACUGGAGAUGGCUGUCAGCAGCGGACAUGGCGACAUUCUUCCCGUACGCUCGCUGAACGGGACGGAGCGCUCAGCUCCUGAUACCGUGGAGACAGCAGCAUACCUGCUCCGUGGCUUGCUUGUGAAUCGGAUCCUGAUCACGGUGCUCAAGAAGCGAUGGAACGUGCAGUAUGGCUUGCGCCCUAACUCAGAUCCGAUCGCGGUUCCUUACCAUGCAAAAGGGGUGCCGAGCGAGCAGUCAGAAUGGGGCCAUCCAGACGUAGCAAUCCUCUUCACAUGUCUGGUUUUCUACUACGAUGGCAUCAGCGAGAGCCAACUACGGCAGGCGCUUGCACGCGUGCUUAAGUCAGACGACCCGUCAACCGAGUACGACAAGUGGGUGCACAGCUCCAGCGAGUUCCCUCCUUUUCUGCGAGCGUGGAACACGAUUAGCAUCGAGGACGCCACCCAAGUCCGCGAGAUCUGGAAAGCAGUCCGGUACCAAGUUGUGGUAAUCGACUACUUUCUCAACAAUUUCGUGUUCCCCCAGCACGCAAAACAGUUCAAAGUCAAGCUGCAGUCAAGUGGAUGGGACAUCCCGCUGUUCUCAGCUCAGCCAAACGGUGCCGACUCUGCCGAGGAGCGGGCGAUCAAGAAGGGACUACGACCGCUCACAACCGGCUUCAGUGGCACCAAUGACAAUCGCGCAAUGCUGCCGCUUACUAUCCAACAAGCAGAUCUACCGACCUUGGCUCAUACAAAUGCUGAGGUUUUGACGUACUUGCUUCACGACCGCUCUCGACAGUGCGAGAUCAUUACCGGCAUGCGGGGUGGGAGAGCAAGUGAAAGGGAGCUGCUUUCGAUGCUCAAAAAGAAGAAGAUCAAGAUCUUGAUUGAUGCCGGGGCGCAGAUCCUCGAAAUGGACAAUGAGACGCUGGCGAAAACUUGGCUUGAGAUUGACCAGGAAGGUGAGGCUGCGCUGUACUUCGACUCCGCGAACAAGCCGUGGAUCAUAUCCAAGAAGAACCGCAAGACACCUCUCCUGGCGUCACCUUAUGCGGACGAUCUGAGCAACUGUCUUGUCUAUCUUGACGAGGCUCAUACCCGAGGAACAGACCUGAAGUUCCCGCUCAAUGCUUGCGGCGCUCUCACUGUUGGCCAAGGCAAGUCAAAGGACCACACGGUUCAAGCCGCAAUGAGGCUACGCCAGUUGGGCACAAGCCAGUCCGUCAUGUUCUUCAUUCCCCCGGAAGUCCACCAAGUGAUUGGCGACCUUCGAAGAAAACCAAUGGACGAGCCCAUUGACUCGUAUGACGUAGUCUGCUGGCUUCUGAAUAACUCUUGUGACGCCAUCGAGCAACUGCAACCCUUGUACUAUUCACAAGGCAUGGACUUCUGCCGGAGGACGCAAGAGGCAAUCGACAACCCCGAUUACCUCACAGACCCGGCGCACCAGGAGAGAUAUGUGGCGUCCAUCAAACAGAAUGAGCAACAAACCUUGCAGGAAAUGUAUGAGCCAAAGGUCAAAGGGACGAAAAUGGCCGACUUUGUACCAUCGCAUCCCAAGGUGGCGGCAUUUGUGAAUGAUCUGAACCACCGACGCAAGAGCUUCCAGGAUACAGGACGGGCUGUCCAUGGCUCAACCCUUCAGGAAGUCGAGCAGGAACGCGAAGUUGCCUAUGAUGUCGAGGUUGUCCGCCAAGUUAAAAAGCCGAUUCGAUACGAAGCCCACACCUUCCCUGGCUUCCAUCCAGACCUUGAGAGGUUUGCCUGCACAGCCCGCUUGCCUCCCGAUAGCAAUGCCGUAUCCCAUGUCUUCCGGCUGAUAGCAAAUACCGCGCUGGGUCGGAAGCACAAAGUUUCAUCCCGAGGCAGCCAUGCGCGAUCCAAGUUGUUUGUGUCGACCGAGUUCGGGCGGACCGUGAAAUUGUAUACUGAUUUAACCCGGGACGCCUUUCUGCGCCCGGUCAGCUGGAUUCUCUGGAGCGAGCUUGUCCAGACGGCUGUAGUCCUAAUCCCUGAAGAAGCAGAACACGUCAUAUGCAUGAUGCACGCCAGAAGGACCCAUCCACAGGUCUACCUCAUUACAUACGCGUCGCCAGUGACACGAAGUAUGCUCCCGUUCAACAACCUCAAGUUCUUCAGCAUACCGCAGCUCCCGCCCGACUGGGAGGCACCCCAAUGGCUCAAGACCGAGCUCGGCCUGCUCGCAGGCCGGCUGUACUUUGAAUGGGACGAGUAUGAAGCGCUGUGUCAGUUUUUUGGUGCUGAUGAGACGGGUCCCUUGGACGACGAGAGCAGCCAGGAGGAAGAAAAAGCAGAGGAUGACGAUAAUGAUUUUGUGAUCAUUGAUGGCGAGGCUGGGACUGCUGGCAGCACCAUCACCGCUCACAACCGGACUAAGGGCGAGCUUUCAAGGGAAAGAACUAGCUUGUUCGCGCCCAGGCCAUUGGUGUUUCUGCAGGAGUGGUUCGCUGUCCGCCGCCAUGGCCAGGACUUUGUCCAUACCCCGAUGGGAUUCAUCAUCCAGGGCAAGCCGCUGCAGGCUGAUCAUUACUUUUUUAGUGAGACACUAUCCUCGGCUCUGCCGACGGCGGUUGGAGAUGGCCUGGCUUCUGGGUUGGGUUUUGCAGAAGGGUUGGGUAAAACGCAUGAUGGCGGCGAUGUUGAUGACGGGGCUGUGUUUGAUGUUAUAGAUGAUAUGGGUGCGAAUGUCGGAGAUAGCGGUUCGGAAGAUGACUGGGAGGAAGACAGUGACAGUGAGGGUGAGAGUGAGAGUGGGAGUGAGGGUCAGUUGGACUGA